CCCGGCCCCGCCGCCGACGCCUACGCCGGAGAAGAACCCUACGCCUAGGGUUUUGCCGAGUCUGGCCCUGCGCAAGCGUUGUGGAGGAGGUGGGAAGCGAAGAUGAUACGGCGGCGUAUGCGCGACCGGCGGCAGUACCUGCACUCCAAGAGCGGCGAGGCCUCCCAGCGGGCGCUGUUCCAGAAGAAGCGCCGCAUCCGGGCGGCGCUCGAGGAGGGCAAGCCCAUCCCCACCGAGCUCCGCAACGAGGUGCGCGAGCUGCGGAGGCAGAUCGACCUCGAGGACCAGGAGACUCGAGUUCCUAAGAGCAUGGCCGAUAACGAGUACGCUACUGCCUCAGUUCGGGAGCCCAAGAUACUAUUCACCACGUCUCGCAAUCCCAGCGCGCCGCUAACUCAGUUUGUUAAGGAGCUGAAGGUUGUCUUUCCCAUGUCACAGAGAAUGAACCGUGGUGGCCAGGUCAUAUCAGAAAUCGUUGAGUCAUGCCGGUCACAUAAUAUCACAGAUCUUAUUUUGGUCCAUGAACAUCGUGGUCAACCUGAUGGUUUGAUCGUCUCCCAUCUACCGAAUGGUCCAACUGCAUACUUCGGGUUGCUCAAUGUGGUGACACGACAUGAUAUUAGAGGCAGGAAGGCAAUGGGAAAAAUGUCAGAAGCAUACCCCCAUUUAGUACUUGACAACUUCUCAACUCAGGUUGGUGAAAGGACUGCCACUAUUCUCAAGCACCUCUUUCUUAUGCCAAAGCCAGAUUCAAAGCGAAUAAUUACUUUUGCCAACAGAGACGAGUACAUAUCUUUCAGGCAUCAUGUAUACGAAAAAUCUGGCGGCCCCGGAUCGAUGGAGUUGAAGGAGGUUGGUCCUCGUUUUGAGUUGCGGCUGUACCAGAUCAAACUAGGAGCUGUGGAACAAAAUGAAGCGCAAAGCGAGUUUGUGCUGCGGCCCUAUAUUAAUACCGCCAAGAAGCAAAAGACUGUUGGGGCAUGAACUGAUUUGAAAGAGUCGGUUGAUGACCUGCACUGCAGUAUAGCAUUUUUUAAUUGAUCCUUUUGGUUUAUCACCAUCUAUAGGGUAGUAGUAACAUUAUUGCACAGGUUAGGUUAGGUCCAUGUCGUCACGCAUCUCAAAUCGUCCCCAAUUUAGGGAUCUGGACUUCUGAAAGGCAAUUUAUAUGGUAACAGUGAAGAUUACAAGGUGUAAAAGAGAUUAGGAUGAUCAUCGUGUAAAAUAUUUGUGCUCAAGCGUACAUAGUCACCUGGGAAGUUGGUACGUCGA